AUGCUAGUCACGUUUUAUUUGCUGUUCAUGUUGUACAUCGGACAAAGUCAAAUAAUACCUUCAGAAUACAUGAAAAACGAAGCUUUGGUACAGUGUAUUAGCAGUAUUUUAACUGAAUACUUUAUGGAACUAUCAGAAAUCACCUACAUAGGCAUAGAAGAUGACGAUGAAGAAUUGCUAAAAGUAAUCCACGCCAAGCAAAUACUUUCAAUAGUUACCAGAAGUCCAGCUCAAGAACUACAAUUGGAGAAUCGAGGCUAUUUGAUAACUUCAAAAAACGUCACUGCGUUCACGACGAAUUUUGAAUAUCUCUUGAUGGAUCCUUAUUGGAAUCCUUACGGGCGAUUCUUAAUUGUUAUUGACUCCUUAGAAGAGAGUGACCUCCGCGACAUCUUCGAUGUCCUCUUAAGAUCUCGUGCCAUUAAUACUCUAGUGAUCAACGGUACAGGCGAUGCUCAUCUCUACACGUACAACCCAUUUGAUAAAUACGCCUGCGGGAGAUAUUACACCGAUAUCAUCAACUUCGGAUUAUGCUCCGAAACUUCAGAAAAUUUAUACCCAAACAAACUGGUUACUGGACUUAAAAACUGCACAUUCAGAGCAUCUUUAGGACAUCGACCUCCAUUCACCAUCGAUCCACUAAAAUCUGAAAACAAAAAGACCAUACCGGGUACAGAAGAAUACAUAUUUAAAGUACUCAGUGAAAAGGAACAAUUCAACGUGAUUUAUAACUACAGUUACGACGCUUAUCUGUAUUCCUCCGUCUUUCCAAAUAUGACAGCCAGCGGUCCCAUGAUAAUGUUACAGAACAAUGAAACUGAUAUAAUAUUUGGAGGAAUGAUGAUGGUCGUAUCAAGAGCUCAAGCAUUUACUUAUCUCUGUGGAUACCAUGAUUACAACGAUGAGUUACAAUUUGUGGUGAAGAUUGCGCCUCUUGUUCCCACCUGGAAGACCGUGUACAAAGAAUUCCAUCCCACGGUAUGGAUGUUGCUACUACUAGCAUUUGUUGUGUACACUUCUAUGAUGAUAUUUCUUCUGCAAGCAAAGGAUAUAGGGCAGGUCGCAUUGGAACUACUAGACAACUUAGUACUACACAGCCGCGAUAUAAUUGGGCCACGAAUGAUGAUACUGAAGUACAUUCUCAUUGUCAAUAUCAUUAAAGAAGCGACAUGGAAUCCCAAUGCUCGAUUUUUAUUCAUUGUUAAAGAACUAACUUAUGACAAACUGAAAAUCAUAUUUGAUAUUAACCUGAAAUUGCAUGUGAAUGAUGUUUUGGUCAUGAAUUUUACUGAUGACGCCCACCUUUACAGCUACAACCCCUUCGAUAAUUUUAACUGUGGUAAACACUAUGACGACAUCAUCAGCUACGGGAAGUGUUCUGAAGCAGAUUCAAUAGACUUGUAUCCGAAUAAGUUUACCACUGGUCUGAGAAAUUGCACAUUUAGGGUAUUGACAACUCAGUGGCCGCCGUAUACUUUGAUGCCUUCGAACAAUUCAACCGAGCCUUUUCUAGUUAAACACGGCGCUGAACCAUACAUACUCAGCUUGAUGGGAGAAAUGCUGGGAUUUGAUAUAGAGAUAGUAGGUAACAAGGCUUAUAUGGAUGAAUUUCCCACCAUUUCUAAAGACAUGGAAGCCAACGGUGCUUUGAAAACGAUCCAAGACAAUGAAGUGGAUAUUGUUGUUGGAGGCAUGCUACUGGUACCGUCGCGAGCGGUAGCUUUCAACUACGUUUAUGGGCACUUAGUUUACACAGAUGAGAUACGUUUUGUCGUAAGACGAGCAAAGGAGCAGCCAGCGUGGAAGAACAUAUAUCUGGAAUUCAGUACAACCGUAUGGAUGCUGCUAUCACUGACUCUGGUACUGUAUUCGAUCAUUUUAAUAAAACUUCUUCGCGCCACGGAUAAGGGUUACAUCGUGUUGGUUUUAGUGGACAUUCUGGUGCUCCACGGCCGAAAUAUUCGAAGUCGUUGGAUGGUGAAAAUGGUACUACUGUCAUGGAUUAUAUUUGCAUACCUAGUCAACGUAUUCUAUCAGUCAAAUCUGGUUAGUUUGACAACAAAUCCAGCUCUGCAGUACCAGAUUUCAGAGGAAGAGGACAUUUACAGAUAUAAACUGAAGCCUUGCUUGGGCACAAUAAUGAGUAAAUAUUAUGUAGAAUCUAUACAAUCCGAUAAGGAGUAUGAUAUACAUAAUGGAUGCCACGGUUUAAUGGAAAGUGUUAAAACGGUAUCGAAGUCCGAGAACCUAUUCACGCUUCUUCUUUAUGCUAUUUACCAGUAUUAUGAAGAUGACUUUUUUGAUGAGUAUGGUGACCCUCGCGUUGUCACACUAUCGAAACCUUAUUCUAAAGUGAUAUACGCCUUAUACAUGUACAAGGGGUUUCCGUUGAUUCACGAACUAUGUCAGAAAUGCCUUCAACUAAGGGAGAGUGGCUUGGUCGAUAAAUGUAAUAAGUCGGCAAACGAGCAGACGGAUUACCUGAUGGUAAGCAAUCAGCGCCGCCCAUGGACACCCACAACGGAGGAGUUACGAGUGCGUUGCCGACCUUUAAGAGAUUUGGGGAUUUUGGGAUUGGGGAAGGGUCCGGGAAGGGGGAGGAUUGGGCCUCCGGUAACCUCACUCACACGGCGAAACACAACGCUGUGGUUGUUUCACGCCGGUUUUCUGUGA